UGAACAAUUAAUUGAAGAUGGUCAAUUGCUUAGUUCAAAAUGUGUUGAUCAAAUUAUGCCAAUUGCUUCUCUUUUCGAAUCUAACUGUAUGCAACUGUUCCCGAAGUUGGAAAAACUCUUCUUACAUGCAUGUUCUUCGCUAGAUAUGGUGUUUGAUCUGCAAAAAUCACAAUUUCAUGGUGAAUCAAUGGCUUUCUUAUUUCCUCAGUUGAAAGAAAUAGAGAUAUCUUGGCUCAGUAAGUUAAGACACAUUUGGGGUAAUGUUCCAAGCUACAUUCAAGGCUUUCAGAAUGUGAAAUCAAUCAAAGUGAAAAAAUGUGAUUCCUUAGGGUUUCUUCUAACUCCCAACAUUGCAAGGGCACUUACUCAGCUUCAAAAAAUGGUCAUACACAGCUGCCAUUCCAUUGAGAAAAUUGUUGGAAAAGAAGAAAACCUAAAUGGUGAUGAUGAAGAAAAGAAUGUGGAAACCUUUGUGUUUGGUCAAUUAGAAUCUCUAACACUUAUUGAUCUUCCAAACCUUAUGAGUAUUUUUUCAGAUUCCUAUGAAGUAAUGUGGCCAUCUUUGAGAUUUUUAUGCAUUGAUGGAUGCCCUCAGCUUGUGACAUCUUCCAUGUUUACUCAAACUGUGGCAAUGCAAGAGAAUUUCAAUGGCUCAUCAAGUUGUUCAACAAUAUGUGAUGUUGCAAAUGGUACUUUUAAAGAGGAUUCACCAAAGUUUCUUCAGUGUUGCCUUGGCUGCACCCCACAUGUAUUUUCCAACUUGAAGUUUAAGGCUUCAUCAACAGAGAAAGUCCCUUCUGUCAGCAAUACAUAUUCCAAAGCAGAAACAGUAUCCUCCAUUCCAAUUUUGGAACAAAUGCAAGUAAAAGGAUGGGAUUCACUAGAAGUCAUGUUCCUUCUCAAACAAAACCAACUUUCUGAUGCCUCUAAUACCAAUUGUUUAGUGAAGUUGAUACUUGCACAAACACCUAAAAGUUCUGUAGAAAUCACUGCAUUCAACAACCUCACUGUCUUAACUAUAGAUUCUUGUCACAAGUUGAGAUAUCUGUUCUCAUAUUCCAUAGCAAAGCUCCUAGUGAAAUUGCAAGAGAUAAAAAUGUCAAACUGUAAGGUCAUAAAGCAACUAGUCCAAAGAGAUGGAGAAGACAGUUUAACUCUAUUUCUUCCUCAAUCAAGUUCUGUCAAAGUAUUUGAAAAUUCUUCAUCUAUUGACCAUGCUACCUCUUCCCAAGAGGCAUGUGCCUUAGAGUGGUCAUCUUUGAAGAGAAUCAGCAUAUCUCACUGUGGAGUUCUAGAAGUUGUUGUUGGUGAAAUAGGGGAGAAAAUAGAUACCAUAAUUGCUUCAUUUGCUCAACUGCAAUCUCUUACACUGAGCCAUCUACCAAAUGCUGUAAGCUUUUGUCUUAGACAUUGUUCAUCAGAAUCACCAUCCUUUGAGAACAUCCAUGGUAGUGGCUAUCAAAACCAUGAG